GUAAACUCAGAACCACACGCCACCCUGCUUUGAAUUUUCAUUCAGUGGACUUUUUUUCCGUUUGGUUUUCUCUCCUUUUUCUUGGUAUGUUCACUUUGAUAUUCUCUCCUUCUUAAAUAUUUCUAUCACUUAAUACUUUGUUUGCUGCUUUGACAUAUAUUCUGUGGAUUUUAUACAGCAACAAACUAGUGUUUUGGUGUAUUUUCUGGAUUUAAAUUUCCAUUGAAGAAGAAAUGAUGUCAAGGGGAGCAACAUACUGGUGUCAUACAUGCAGGCAGCCAAUCUUGCUUGCAGGGAGGGAUGUCCUUUGCCCGUACUGCGACGGAGGAUUUGUGCAAGAAGUUAACGAGAUGCGAGGACUAGCAUCAUCAUCAUCAUCAUCACAGUCAGAAGAGUUUCAAGACGAUCCUGAUAUUUUCGAUGCAAUACAUGCUGUUGUAAGUCAAAGAGGUUCUGUACCAAGAAUUGGGUUUAGAGAUGCUGUUGAUAGUUACAUGAGGCAAAGAAUGGAUGGAAGAUCUGGUUCUGGUUCUGUUUCUGUUCCUGAACAGACUUGGGGUGUUUUUAGUUCUUCCGGCCGAUAUUUAAUAGUCCAUGGCCAAACACCUAACUCAAGAGGCGAUCCUCGGCGCGUUGAUUUUGGUGGCUACUUUAUGGAUCGUGGACUAGAUGAACUUAUCGAACAACUGAAUACGAAUGGUCGUGGUCCAGCACCUGCCUCGCGAUCUUCGAUUGAAGCAAUGCCUACCAUUAAGAUCACAAAAGAACAUCUUCAGUCUGAUUCACUCUGUCCAGUUUGUAUAGAAAGGUUUGAACUAGGUUGUAAGGCAAGGGAAAUGCCUUGUAACCAUAUUUACCACUCGGAUUGCAUUGUUCCUUGGUUAAUUCAGCAUAAUUCAUGUCCUGUUUGCCGUAUUGAGUUGCCACCUCAUGGACGUACUAGUUCUCGUGCCAGUGGCCGUGGAAGGCGAAAUCCGCUGUCAUUUUUGUGGCCAUUUCGUUCGUCCAGUUCAAAUACUAAUCGUUGAGCUGAAUAAUAUAAGAAGUUAUUGUGGAUAAAUCAAAAUUACAACUAAAACUUUCAUUUCUUCUCCUGGACAAGUAUAUACAAUUUUGUCUGUCAAACAAAUGCUUGUAAUUUAAAUGACAGGGACAAAGAUUCUGAAGAUUUUACUUUGAACAUGAUCUCAUUUGUAUUUGAUUAAACUUUGUAAAUGCAAUUUUCAUGAAAGCAAUUUUCAUUUAACCUUGGUGCAUUUGUAAUCUAUGUGGUUCUUCUGAACAGCUAUAAUGAAGUGGUGGAGAAUUAAGUCU